AUGUCUUUAUCUCUCUGCCAGCAGCUCCAUCAUUUAACAUAUCUGUUUCUCUUGCUCCCUGUUUUCUACCCUGACCUCCAAGUAGAGGAGAAGACAGUACUGAAAACUGGUCAGUCUGAUGGGAAGGGUAUGAAAAGAAAAAUAAUAAUGCCUAGCUCUCCACAGGAGGAGGAAGUUUCAGAUAAAAAGGGAACCCCUCAAAAAAGGAAACGUGGGAGUGUUCAACUGGACAAUUCUCCCAUAACUGGGUCUGGUGUGACCCCCAGGACUCCUGGGAGUAAUCAGAGGCCGAUUCCUUUGUCAGAACGUCAGCAGAUGGCCUUGCUGAUGAAGAUGACAGAUGAAUCUUCGCAGGGAGCAGAUUCCUCUCCUAAGCCGUUGUCUCCUGUGAUGUCUGGCAAACGCACCCCAGGGGACAAAAGAGUGCACAAACGCAAUGAACGAGGAGAGACUCCAUUACAUCUGGCAGCGAUCAAGGGUGAUCCAAAACAGACCAAAAAGCUUAUCAAAGCAGGAGCUGAUGUUAAUGUCAAAGACUUUGCUGGUUGGACUCCUCUUCAUGAAGCUUGCAAUCAUGGUUGGUUGAUUAUAGCUAAACAUCUUUUGAAGGCUGGAGCCAAUGUAAAUGUCCAUGGCUUAGAGAAUGACACACCUUUACAUGAUGCUUCUGCAAAUGGCCAUCAAAAGCUUGUGGAAUUGCUGUUGAAGCAUGGGGCCAACCCUUUACAGUCUAACAGCAGGGGCCAGACACCAAUGGAUGUUGCUGCAUCUCCAGAUACAGAAAAGCUAUUAAGAAAAGAGAUUUCUUAUUCAAGUAGUGACAGCUCUAGUGCAGAUGAUAACCGCUCCCCUACGUCCCCUGAGAGUACAUCAUCUGCUAAAGAAGAGGACCGUGCAGGUGACUCUGAAGAUUUGUCUCCACGAUUCACUGGUUCAUCUGCUUCCAAGUGGGAACGUAGCUGUACCAUGUCGUCCAGUUCAAGUACGAGGCGGUCCUUACUACCUAAAUCUCCUGAAAAAACUGCUUCUCCUCGCCUCUUUCUGAAACUGAUAAAGGAUGUACCUUGUAGUGGGGAGUCUUCAGAGAAAUCAAAAGACACAACAGAGACCCAAUAUAAAGCGUACAGUGUCACUGUCGAGCCAGGCGAACAUAAAGACUCCAUGUCAUUCAUGGAAAGCAACAGCAGCAAUGACAGUGAUUUGUACGAGUCCCGUGGUGGCGGUAACAAUGGUGGCAGUUCCUCCACUACAGCUGCUAGUACCAAGAGCAAUUUAGCAUCGUCCACGGUUGCAACUGGCCCUGGACCUGCCAAAGACUCAGGUCAGGCUGAGAAUCGUGUAGGCAGUAUGUCGUUAGCAUCAGAGUGCAGUCAGCACCCAGAGAACAUCGACAACAACAAGGGUUGUGUUGGUGAUGGGCGAUUGAAUGAUGAUGGUGGCAAGACCUAUGGUGAGCUUGUAUCAUCAUCAUCACAUUCAAUCCAGUCAUUCACCCCACAGUUUGAAGACAUAAGUGAUGCAGAAGACGAAACAAGCAUGCCAGAAAUGCUUAAACAGGCGGUGUCGGUACCCAUCCGAUCCACUUCCAAUUGCAUUCCACAGGUUAAAGAGUUGGACACUAUCACCACAGCUACGACUGCAUCGCAAUCAAGGUUGAAAACUCUGACUUGUUCAUCGUCUAGCUCAGAUUUCCCACCAUCCGACCUCUCACAGUUAUCCUCAUCCCUUUCAUUAUCCAAUACUUGUUCUCAUAGUAACACGCUUAGCUCAGGAACAACAAACAAUAUACAAGUUGAAAUGCACACGCCAGAUUCUAGUGGCAAUUCGAACACUUCCUCGCUACGGAGGAACUCUGGCAACAAUUCGAGUGAGCCAAGCACACUGUCCUCAGUUGUGCCUCCCCCCGGGCCGGUCACGGGAAAGUGGGAGCUGCGUUCCUCGCCCCGUACAGAUGACCACCUCACAGGGCUGUCUAGCAAGUCGGAUGGAUCGCGGGCAUCUUCACCGACAAGAUCCGAGAAAGAUAGGUUCAUGUUAAAGUCAGAUAAGGAAACCCGCUCGUCGUCAUCGUCUUCGUCAUCGUCGUCGUCGUCGUCCUCGCUAAAGGUUCCACCCUUGCGAAUAAUAAUCCCACCUAAACAGACAUCUUCCGUUGAUUCUGACUUGAAAAUGCUCCUCACUAAACCGGCAUUGCCAUACGUUUUAAACCCAACCCGCGAGAACAACUUAGAGGAGCCAAUCAAUGAGUCGCACACAGCCUCACAGACAUCAUCUCGGGCGUCGAGUCCAGCUUCCUCACGCCCUUCAUCUGCUGCUAGUGACCAUGCUGCUCCAGCCACUUCUUCUGCCUCCAUGACAGCCACCAACCUGUCUACUUGUUCCUCUGCAGACAAGGCACUGCCUGCCACUGCCAGCUUGACUGGCUCAGGCAGCACCCCUGCAUCAUCUUCUGCAGCCGGCAAUUUGUCAGCAGGGAACAGCACCACUACAUCCGAGGCAUCAGAUGCAAAUGGCAGUGGCAAUAACAGCAGCAGCAGUAAACCAACGACCACCUCGGCAACGACCACCACUACGACGACCACCACGAGUAGCACGUCAACAUCAAGCAGCACAACGAGCAGCUGUGACAAACCCGCCAAUCAGACUGCAUCUGCGGUGCAGUCAUCGCGGGACGGAGACUCUCAGGUAGGGAAGGAAAAAGAGGAGCCACCAAAAUCAAAGGAGAAAGAUGAUGCCAAGGAAGAGAAAGAAGAAAAAAUAACACAGCGGAUCACACGGUGUCUGCGCUCUCAUACAGCACAAAUGCAACAACAACAGCAGCAGCAGCAGCAACAACAAAAAAAAGAGCAACAUACUGAGAAGGACAAGCAAGGGAGCUCGGAAAACCAACCUCAGGUAAAUGAAUUGUCCGGUGGUGUGAAAGGCCAGAAAUCAAGCACGACAGCCUCGACAAGUUUAGCAAGCACGCCGGCCACAACCUCAGCAGCCGUGGAAGAGUCUGAUGAAUUCAGCAUCCAUCCGCGAAAGAGAAAGUUACGACCAAAGCCAGACCAAGCGCAGACCUCAGAAGCCGUCACUUCACAUCCUAUUGUUUUAGAAAAACCUCCAAAUCCUUACAAAACCUAUCUUUCAAUCCGAAAACAAGUAAGGAAAAAGGUUGAAGAUCGGCGGAAAAACAAUGCAGUUGUUCAUCCGAAAGCUCCUCAGGGAUUUAAGGAUUAUUUGAUGAUGAGCUGUAGUUACGUCUUACAAGGAAAUUCUGCCAGCACGUUAUCUGUUCCCAUGCUUUCCCCACCAAAUUCUGUCACUGGGCCAAUGAGAGAACUUUUCUUGGACCAAGAACAAGCUAGAUACAAAUUGCGGUUACAACAUCUCAUAGAGAAGGAGAAGUUGAUGCUUUCCAUUGAACAAGAAAUGUUACGUGAGCAUGCCCGUGCUGCCAGAGCCCAGAACAACCAGUCAAUACCCCUGAGCGUUUGCACAAUUCUCAGAGAUGAAGAAAUUUAUAAUCUUAUUGAAGCAGAGCAGGUUGAAGAACGUGAGAAAAAUGUACGGUCUCGAUACAAUGGCCGACAAUUCAUCUCCUGGAUACAAGAUGUUGGUGAUAAAUACGAUAAAAUAAAGGAGUUAUUGCUGCUGCGGCACCACCAUGAGGCGGAGUCUCUGUUUGCUGUUCAAAAAAUGGAUUGGGAAUGGAAGAUGAAGGAAGUGUCUGACAUGAACAACGUUCCUGUAAUUGAUGACCUUCACGUGCCAAUGGUGCAAGUUAAUGAUGACUUUGACCUGCUACCCUCUUAG